AAUUAAUAAUUAACUAACUGCAUGUGCGCUUUACCGCGUGCAGCUAGUGUUUAAUAAAAUCCAACUGCAAAUUUUCCUCCCCUUUGAAAAAAGGAAGUCUCUCCCCGCGCCUUCCACCCUCUCUCUCUCUCUCUCUCUCUCUCUCUCUCUCUCUGGUACAGAUAUGCAUGCUCACGUAUAAAACUGGGGACGGGAAUCCACGCGAGUAGGGUGGUGCCGUAGCAGAGAACCGCCCAGCCAAAGUUUGUGAUCGUGAGAAAUGGAAGACGAAGCGGAUACAUACGAUGGCAUCAGAGCUCAGUUCCCUUUAACUUUCGGCAAGCAAUCGAAAUCCCAAACUCCUCUCGAAGCCAUUCACAACUCCACUCGCCGCCCAACUCCGACUCAAUCCUCCUCAUCUUCUCUUUCUCUCUCCCACACCACCGCCAGCAACGCCAGAACGUUCCCUGCCCUUUCCUCAAAGCCCUGGCUCACCUCCCUCAAAAACCCUAACCCUAAGCAUAACCCUCAUCCCAGUUCUCGUUUUGGCGCUAUUUCUGACGCUGGUGUUGAUUCUGGUCUUGCUGGAGAUGCUGGGUCGACGAAGAGCGGGGCGGACGACGACAAUGCAGGUAUUGGGCCGCCUCGGGCCCCACCGGCCUCUGAAUCUGGUGAUGGUGAUGAUGACGAGCUGAUGGUUGGGCCGCCUCGGCCACCACCGGCUUUGAAUUCGGAUGGUGGUGCAGAGGAUGAUGAUGAUGAUGAUGGAGUGAUGAUUGGACCACCUCGGCUCCCGCAGGGUUCGAAUUUGGAUGAUGAAGACGAUAGUGGCGGUGAUGAUGCGAUGAUUGGACCACCUCGGCCGCCGGCGGUGGUUUCAGAUCUCGAUGACGAUUCUGACUCCGAGGAUGAUGGUGAUCGGUAUCAUGUUCCGGUCAGUAACGAGAUCGUGCUCAAGGGACAUUCUAAGAUUGUUUCAGCUCUUGCUGUUGAUCACUCAGGAUCAAGAGUUCUUUCUGGUAGUUAUGAUUAUACAGUCCGCAUGUAUGACUUUCAAGGAAUGAAUUCUCGUUUGUCAUCAUUUAGACAGCUUGAACCAUUUGAGGGCCACCAAGUUCGUAAUUUAAGUUGGAGUCCAACUUCAGAUCGUUUUUUGUGUAUCACUGGCUCAGCUCAAGCUAAGAUUUAUGACCGUGAUGGACUUACCUUGGGUGAGUUCAUGAAGGGGGACAUGUACAUUCGUGAUCUAAAGAACACCAAGGGCCACAUAUGUGGACUGACAUGUGGACAAUGGCACCCGAAGACAAAGGAGACUAUUUUAACAUCAUCAGAGGAUGGAUCACUGCGAAUAUGGGAUGUAAAUGAUUUCAAGAGCCAAAAGCAGGUCAUCAAGCCAAAGCUGGCGAGGCCUGGAAGAGUACCUGUUACCACUUGUGCUUGGGAUGGUGAGGGAAAAUGCAUUGCAGGUGGUAUAGGAGAUGGUUCUAUACAGAUUUGGAACCUUAAGCCUGGAUGGGGGAGCAGGCCAGAUAUACAUGUUGAAAAUGGUCAUUCUGAUGAUAUCACAGGGCUUAAGUUCUCCAGUGAUGGGAGGAUUUUAUUAUCAAGAAGCUUUGAUGCUUCACUUAAGGUUUGGGAUUUGCGCCAAAUGAAAAUGCCUCUCAAGGUGUUUGAGGAGCUUCCAAAUCAUUAUGCCCAGACAAAUAUUGCAUAUAGUCCUGAUGAGCAGCUCUUCCUGACUGGAACAUCUGUUGAAAGAGAGAGCACAACUGGAGGUUUGUUGUGUUUCUAUGAUCGAGUAAAACUUGAACUUGUGUCAAAAGUUGGAAUUUCCCCAACUUGCAGUGUUGUACAGUGUGCUUGGCACCCUAAGCUAAAUCAGAUCUUUGCCACUGUGGGGAAUAAAAGCCAAGGUGGAACUCACAUACUCUAUGAUCCAUCCACUAGCGAGAGAGGGGCUCUUGUUUGUGUUGCACGUGCACCAAGGAAAAAAUCUGUUGAUGAUUUUGAAGCAAAACCUCUGAUCCACAACCCACAUGCUCUACCCUUAUUUAGAGAUCAGCCAAGCCGUAAGCGGCAACGGGAGAAAAUGUUGAAAGACCCAAUCAAGUCUCAUAAGCCUGAAAUGCCAAUAACAGGACCAGGCUUUGGUGGAAGAGUAGGUUCAACUAAGGGAAGCUUAUUAACCCAGUACCUUCUUAAGCAAGGGGGUUUAAUCAAGGAGACUUGGAUGGAAGAAGAUCCUAGAGAAGCUAUACUGAAGUAUGCUGAUGUUGCAGCAAAAGAACCAAAGUUCAUUGCUCCAGCUUAUUCCCAAACCCAGCCUGACCCAGUCUUUGCGAAGUCUGAUUCUGAAGAAGAAGAAAAAUGACAUGAACUUACUGGUUCAUUGUUUUUGCAAGCAGUAUUUUUGAGUACAAGCUGAGUUGAGAACUGUACCUGCUGUUUCUCUUACCUGCUGGACACCUGCUAAAGAUAUUGAACUGAACUUAGGUGCUUAUGCUGAAGGUUGAGCGGUGUGGAUCAUGCUCCCAGCUGCAGGUGCCAUUUGCGAAUUGCGGGGACGAGUUCAACAAAUGCGUGCAAGACUCCAUUACUCUUUCGUGAAAAAUGUACAAUGUACAAUGUACUCGCGGAGGUGAUUAAUAAUUUAAAGAAAACACUUCCAGACCAGGAAAAUAGAACUGUUGAUGCGUUGGGAAGCACUGAAUUUGGGUUGAAAGCCCACUUUUACAGGGGCAUAAGUAAAUGAUUGGGAGCAUAGGUUUUGAGAUUUCAAAUUUGUAUGAAUUUUUAGAUAAAAUUUUGUAUAAUUAUAUAUAAAUAUAGACAAACAUGAUUCACCCAAGUUCUUUUGGUGUUUCGUGUUUCCAUAAA